AUGGACAGUCUCUUGGAAGAGACAAUUUUUGGCGGAAAUGAAGCUAUUUCGGCUGGCCUGCUAAGCCGUAAAGCGCAAGUCACGAUCCAGGAUGCUCGAAAGGCCAUGGAAGUGUUUUACAAAAAUUCAAAGACUGCGUUGAGCGCGUCUUUUGUUGUUUCGGGCCUGAAGGGCGGCCACGAUUCGAAAUGUACAGUUUUCAAGUUGGUAGAGGAGUCGAAUAUUGAGCUCACCAAGCAGGAGCUUAAAGGGCCUGUUUCGGUUGAUAUUUAUGCAGUGGGUCCUAACAAUGUGACUGAUGAGGCUAUCCUGGCCAACUUGGCACAUUCGCAACGAGCAGCGGACGCGCAGCUGACUCUUGAGGAUCUCGAAAAGAUUGGGUUCAUUGUCAACCCAUUGGUAUCUGAGACCUCGUUGCGGACAGCGUACCAAAAGCCUGGUGUUUGCCAGGUACCUGCGAAGCAAGAACUACCAGCAGAGGUCAAAAAGGAGCCCAAAGAACCCGCAAAGCCCAAAGAAGCCAAACCUAGAGAGGCUGUUAAGCCCAAGGCGGCGCCCAAAUCCAAGUCGCCGUUUGCACGUAUUUCUAAGGAAGAAGCAGUUGCUAAAGCGUUUGAUCGCCGGCCGAACCAGACCGCUGUUGCAGAAAAAGUUGUAGUUGCAGAUGAUGUCGACGACGUGAUGGAGGUUGACAGUGAUUCUGAGGAACAGCGAAAGAAACUGGAGACUCUAUUCGACGAUGACUCGAUGCAGGUUGAUUCUGAGCCUGAGGAACCCGACGAACCUGAGGAGCCUGAGCCUGAGGAGGUAGACAUCGCAAACGAAGACGAGCCCAAUGCUGAAACAACUCCCCAAGCUGAACCAGAGCCAGAGCCAGAAUUUCGCAAAGGCCGCAAAAAGGUCACUCAAAGGCGGCAUUACGAGGACGACGAAGGUAAUCUUGUCACCAAGACCGAGGAGGUCUGGGUUUCGUGCGACGAGGAAGAGGAAGAACCGAUCCAGCCGAAGCCCGCUCCAAAACCCGCUCCAGCAAGCAAGCCUCUGCCUAAAAUCCCCAAACGCACCACGCAACAAGCCACGCUUAUGAAUUUCUUUUCUAAAAAAGCCUAG